CCAAUUCAGUUGUGCUGCCUCUACAGAUAUAGUGAUAGGGGUUGAAGGCCGCCGCCCUGAACUUACAGAACACUCGCCAAAUGCUUGCCCCAAAUUCGAUCGGCCCCGCUCGGGGCUCGGCGGUCUCUACAUCAGCUACGUCUACUCCCGUAGCAAGCACUAGCAAUGCGGGCGCAAUUCGUUUCCGGCCGUGCAUCGACAUCCACAAGGGGAAGGUCAAGCAGAUUGUGGGUUCCACGCUGAAGGACCUCCCCGACAGCGGCAGCUCCGGCGCCGCCGAGCUCAAGACCAACUUCGUGUCGGACAAGCCUAGCUCCUGGUACAGCGAGUUGUACCGGCGGGACGGGCUGGCGGGCGGCCACGUCAUCAUGCUGGGAGCCGACGACGCCAGCAAGCAGACGGCUCUGGAGGCCCUGCGUGCCUGGCCCGGCGGCCUGCACAUGGGCGGCGGCGUCACGUGCGACAACGCGAUGCAGUACCUGGACGCGGGUGCCAGCCACGUCAUUGUGACCAGCUACGUGUUCCGUGAGGGCCGCCUGGAGGAGGAGCGGCUCAAGCAGCUGGUGAAGCUGGUUGGCAAGCAGCGGCUAGUGCUGGACCUCAGCUGCCGCCAGCGGGACGGCAAGUACUGGGUGGUCACGGACAGGUGGCAGAAGUUCAGCACCCUGUCGCUCAGUGAGGAGACACUGGCGGAGCUGGCGGCGUCCUGCGACGAGUUCCUGGUUCACGGUGUGGAUGUGGAGGGCAUGCAGCUGGGCAUCGACGAGGAGCUGGUGCGGGUGCUGGGCGAGUGGUCGCCCAUCCCGGUCACGUACGCGGGCGGCGCGCGCACCCUGGAGGAUCUGGAGCGUGUGCGGGCGGCUGGCGGCGGGCGGGUGGACAUUACGGUGGGCAGUGCGCUGGACAUCUUUGGUGGCAAGCUGGCGUACGAUGACGUGGUGGCAUGGCACCAGCGGCAGCAGCAGCAGCAGCAGCAGCAGGCGGCGGCCAAGCACUGAGGGGAAGAUGGUGGGGCGGAGUGGGGAGUGGGUGAACGGCAUUGGUGGGGGCCGUGUGGAAGGGGUGCGUGUGGAUGUCGGUCAGGUUGUGGAGUUGACGGGAGGUCAGGACACAGGUCAGGAGGUGCAGGAGGUUGAGGCGGGGAUGGGGUACAGUCCCGAGGACGGGCUGAGGAAUCGGGGUCCCGUGCGCACCCCUGGUGCGGGCGCAGCAAUUGCGUCGGCAUGUGUGGAGUGCAGCGUGCAGUUAUGCAGGAUGGAAGCAGUGCGUGAGCUACCAAGGACUGUCGUAUCAUGCAGCUACAUAUGCUGGCGGUGAUGUGUCAGGAUGCGCAAGAGGAUGUGUGACGACAGAGAUGCUUUGAAGCUGGGCUGCGCGGGCUCACGUGCUGUGUGCGACCAGCGGUGGCUGAGGCAAUGGCGGAUCAGGGAGCAAGUCCGUGGGGCAAGCCUGGC